UUUACGGUGAGUUUGCGUGGACAAAUCCGCUCCACCCAGAUGUGUUCCCGGCAGUUAGGAAAAUGGAAGCUGAGGUUAUUGCAAUGUGUCUCAGUAUGUUCAACGGAGGACCAGGGUCUUGUGGUACGGUGACCUCUGGUGGUACUGAGAGCAUCCUAAUGGCUUGCUUAGCAUAUCGUAGUAUCUGGUUUGAUAAAGGUAUCCUGUAUCCUGAAAUACUGGCUCCCAUUAGCGUUCAUGCUGCCUUCAACAAAGCAGCAUAUUACUUCAAGAUGAAGCUAGUACACGUGCCUAUUGACCCUGAAACCUCUCAGGUCAACGUGAAGGCUAUGAAGAAGCUGAUUAACAAGAAGACGUGCAUGCUGGUUGGAUCGGCACCAGCAUUUCCUCACGGAAUAAUUGAUCCUAUUGCCGACAUUGCAGCUUUAGGUCGUCGUUAUGGUAUUCCUGUCCACGUAGACUGCUGCUUAGGUGGUUUCUUGGUACCAUUCAUGAAUAAGGCCGGUUUCAACAUCCCAUCAUGUGAUUUCUCUGUUGAUGGAGUCACUAGCAUUUCAGCGGAUACCCACAAAUAUGGAUUUGCUCCAAAAGGCUCAUCUGUCAUCUUGUAUAGCGACAAGAAAUGGCGGGCCCGCCAAUACUACGUUAAUCCUGACUGGCAGGGCGGUAUCUAUGCCUCACCUGGUUUGGCAGGAAGCAGGGCUGGUGCAAUUGUUGCAGCUUGUUGGGCAACGAUGAUUUAUUUUGGAGAGUCUGGUUACAUAGCAAGUACCAAGAAGAUUGUGUCAACAACUAGAUAUAUAGCAGAACAACUUGGAAAAAUAAAUGGUAUUUUUGUGUAUGGUAAACCGAAGGUGAGCGUGGUUGCAAUUGGGUCACAUGACUUUAAUAUAUACCGGUUGUCCAGCGCUUUAAACAAAAAAGGAUGGAAUCUGAAUGUACUUCAGUUCCCCGCAAGCUUUCAUUUGUGUGUGACAAUGCGUCAAACAAGUAAAGGUGUAGCUGAUGAAUUUGUCCAAGAUGUCCGCAACCUCACGGCAGAAAUCAUGAAAGAUCCAAAAAAGAAAGCAGAUGGUGCUGCUGCUAUUUAUGGCAUGGCUCAAAGUAUUCCGGAUCGAUCGAUGGUCAGUGAAAUUGCAGAAGCUUUCCUUGAUUCCUGCUUCAGCACAGCGUCAACCACGGCCACCAAUGGGACUACCACCAGUCACAGAUAAGAUCCUCCCAUUCACAGUAACAUGUAGAUUUUACUCUACAGUGUUUAGUAUGUAAUGCUUGAACAAACUGACCUUUAAACCUACCUAUAUUAUAUAUUAAAUUCCAUUAAAUUCUUUCAGAUGCAACGUUCAAUGCAAUGUAUAUAAAUUUGAACCAAAGUGCUGAGCCAGUUUAAAUAUUACUGCCAUACGCCCGCAAUUUCGGUUAAUUAUUGUCGUGGUUUUAUUUCUAAAAUAACCAUCAGUUAUGCAGUUUUAAGGAUUAGAGUACUUUUUUAAUUCUUAAUAAUUAAUACUUUUAAUAAUAUACUAUUGUAUUAUGGUUUAUGAAAUUUCCAUUCUGAUUCAAUUUCAAAAUCUAACCAACAUCAUAGGCAAGAUGUAGCUUGGUGGUAAGAAGCGAUACGUUCCUAAUAAUGAAAGUGCAAUUGUAGAACAGUAAUCAAAUGUUCCACAAAGCUCUGCCCCUUGAAUAUUGUUUCUAAGAUCCACAAAAGAAACAUAGCUUAGCGUGUGGAUGUAAACUUGUUUGUGGGACAAAAUUCCUGGCCUUGUCUAUUGAAUAACAUGUUCUGAUUUUUUUUGUCACUCGCUCACUUGUUAAUUUUGUCACUUUAGAAAGGUCCAUAGUAUACUGUACUACCUUCAGGUUAUCUUCUAUUCUAUCCCCAAAAAGUGAAAGGUAUUCCUAGAGAAAGGCAGACGAGUAUGUGGACAUAUAUAAACUUUUGUGUUUGUGAGACAUACACAUGUUCCUCCCCUGCCUGUUGAAUAACAUCCUUUGAUUGGUUAAAGUUUGACACUGGAAAGGCCCAUAUUAUACUACCACUAGGCUAUUCCCUUCCCCUAAAAGUCGACUAGCCCUUUUCCUAAAGUUUAUUCUAACCCCACCUCUUAAAUGUGGACCAUACGCUCCCUGUCAGUGUAGUUUAUUCAUCCUCCUUGUGGACUAUGCCCUCAUAAUGGUAUAAUAAUAGUACCAUUCCUCCCUUUUGAGAAUGGACUAAAAUGUGUUGAAUUGUGAAGUACAGUACCUCAAAUAUUACACAAAGCAUGUGAACAUUUUGAAAAGUUGAGAAGUAACAGUUGUUUUGUUAGUUGGUUUGUAUCGUAAUUAUAAGCAGAUAAUAACCUAUGUUAGUUUCCGUAGCAAUAACUUGAUUGAAUCUUCAAAUCAUAUUCAUUGAUUAUAUUUAUACUUGAUGGCCCUAAUAUUAGCUUCUCAGUAAUGUAGAGCAUAAUGGCCACCCUCAUUAAAUAUUGUUAAAUAAAGAGGUUAACAUAAAAUAAUAUAUAACAUAAUGAAAUUGUAUGUAUAACGCCAUACUUAUUUUGUUAACUGUACCAUGUAAUUUUGUUCAUAAACAUGUAUGCAAGUUAUAUUGUCUGUGUUAUUAAAGCUAUUAAAAUUUUAAAAUAAAAGUAAAAAUAUUUGAAUUUCUUAGUUUGUUAAUUAAGUUAUUAGCUCCUCACUGAUAGAUGUCACCUUUAUAAACUACAGGUAUUGUUCCAAAAAGUGAACAAAGAAUUUUGAAUAAAAUUCUAGCCUUAUCUGUAAGACAUGCAUAUUCAUAUCAAGGUAAUUCACACAACAUAGAUUUGUUGAUUGACCUUAGAUAUAGGCAUGCACAGUUGAAACUACUAAAUAUCUUAUCAGCAUAUGCAUUUAAUACCAUUAAUCAUUUUUUGUGCAUAGACCCAUUGAUUGGUACAGUAGUCUUUAUUUAGAGUUUCGUAGUAUAAUCUGUUAAUCAGCAAAAAAAUAAUUUUUAAAAUCUCAUUUGAACUUGAUAACUUAGUUGACCUUUUAAAAUGAGCAAUUCAACAUUUAAUGAGCAUUAUUUAUACUGAUCUCUAUAAUAAUGGAUGGAUUGCUCACUGGCCAUUCACUGUACAGUAAAAAGUGAAGCCACCGGCACCAUAUGCAACAGCCCAAGUAACAUACCAAUCUAGUUAUGGCAUUUGUUUAAAUUACUGUAUUGUUAAAAAAUGACAAUUCUUGCAAUACUUAUUAAUACAAAAAUUAAAUUUUAUGAAAUGUUUUUUUCACAUCUACUAACCACUGGAGAACGUCGCAUUGGGGUUCUAAAGUUUUGCUUUCUGAUGCUGUAUUCAUGGCAUUUUGGACUGCCCAAAAUCGUGCCAGGUGGCUUCACUAAAACCAGCCAAUGAGCAAUCCAGCCAUUAUAAUAGAGAUCAGUGGUAUUUUACUAGCUGUAACACAAUUUUGCUUAUCAUUAAGAUAAGAGUUGGAGUACACCCUCUUGGAAAAAACUGUGUAAGCAGACUUUCUACUGCUAAUAUCCACUGCCUGAAGGAGAGGUCUUCCAGGUUCUAUGACAGACAGCUCUCCAACAUGGUGCCAAAUGGCUUCACUAAAAUCAGCCAAUGAGCAAUCCAGCCAUUAAAUAGAGAUCAGUGGCAUUUUACUAGCUGUAACACAAUUUUGCUUAUCAUUUAAAUAAGAGUUGGAGUGCGCCCUCUUGAAAAAUCUGUGUAAGCAGAUUUUUUACUGCUAAUAUCCACUGCCUGAAUGAGAGGUCUUUCAGGUCCUAUCACAGACAGCAAUGUUACGCAUGUAUAUUCUGUAUGAUAUAUGUGACCCUAGCUUACAAACGGGCUGUAAAUUCGCACUGCACUGUAUUGAGAAACAAGCCUCAAUACCCAGAAUAGUGCGUAGAAUGUGAAUUUUGUGUGAAUUAGGUUUUUGUGUAAUAAAUAAAGUAUGACUAUUAAUCUUACUAUUCCUGAAGUUUGAGUUUAAAAUUCCAACUGUAAGAGGUAAAAUUUAGCCAUUUUCGGAUGGGAGCUAAUGAAAAAUGAAUAGAAACCUGCCGAAAAUAAAAGCAUUUUUCUCAAAACUUGAUUUAAGAAUGGUGAUAGAUGACAAUUACUCAAAUGGUCAUAACUUUGCUUCCAGAUACCUGAUUGAAUUCAUUUAACUGUCAUUUUAAAGUAAAUGAUAUGUUCUAUGCCAUUAUAACAAAAACUCAUUUUGGCCUGAGGACGAGUUUACAGCCCGUUUGUGAGCUUGGGUCACAUAUAUCAUAUAAUUUGCAUGCAUCCAAAGAAUAUCUUAAUUUGGUGGUGUCAAGUUUGCAUAAACUUGACACACAUUUUUAUAUUGUUGUACGAUGUAUUUUUAAUAUAAUAAUAUUAACAUUAUAUAGAAAACUUCUAUAUAUACUUAGGUUUGAUACACAUUAAAGGAAGAUGAAACUAAAAACCAGUAAA